AGUAAUUCCUUUGGUCUCAUCUACCUUCAACUCUGUGCACUGGGGUGUUAAUGACAGAGGAGUGAAUAUCAGCCUCAUUAGAAGGGGGAAGAGCAAACACUUGCACUUUCUCAAAAGCUUUAUAUUGGUGCUGUUCACUUUUUUCAGGGCUUCUUACCAGAUUGCAGACUUCAGCUCCCAUAAUGCGAACUUUAUCGACAUCAAAUUCUCAUUAUCAAAGCAUUCCAAGCUCUUUGUGGAAACUGGGACGACUUAAUCAUGUAGCAAUUGCAGUACCUGAUUUGGAGAAGGCUCAGUCUUUGUAUAAGGAUGUGUUAGGCGCACGGGUGAGCGAGGCUGUUGCUCUUCCUGAACAUGGUGUCUACACUGUUUUUGUGGAGCUGGGAAAUACAAAGCUGGAACUUCUGCACCCUCUAGGAGAGAAAAGUCCCAUAGCAAGCUUUCUGCAAAAAAACAAGACAGGAGGAAUGCAUCAUAUCUGCAUUGAGGUUGAUGACAUAAAAGCAGCUGUGACAGAACUGAAGGGAAAAAAGAUCCGAAUAUUGAGUGAAGAGCCAAAAAUAGGUGCACAUGGCAAACCUGUGAUUUUUCUUCACCCUAAAGACUGCCACGGAGUCCUUGUGGAACUUGAGCAAGCUUGAGCUGUAAUAUUCAUGAAGUAAAACAAUAAACGAAUUGUGAACUUACUGAGA